UUUUUAAUAAAAAAUAUGUGUUAUAUAUCUAAAAUCACGAGUCACGCGGGGUGUGCAUAUUCUUGUGCGACGUUGAUAGCUGCAAGGAUUUUCUUUGAAUUCAUGAUGAUUGGUUAUUUGGUUACCUAUUGACAUAUUAUGAAGAGGUUUAUGACAUGUUUGUUGCUGGCAUUCCUGUACUUGAACGCAUUGGAAUGUAAGAAACAAGAUGCCGCCUCCAAGCCUACCAAGCAACAAAUCCAAUACUCGGGUCUAAAAUGUCGAAAAAAGAUAGCCGUUUUGACCGAUUACGGUGCGAAAGGUGAUGGAAAGACAUUAAACACGGCCGCGUUUGAGAAGGCCAUUGCCGAUUUGAGCACGUACGGGUCAAUUGGCGGAGCAUUGCUCAUUGUCCCGCCCGGAAAUUGGUUGACGGGGUCGUUCAGUCUCACAAGUAAUUUCACGCUCUACAUUCACCAAGAUGCUACUCUUCUUGCAUCUCAGGAUGAAGGAGACUAUCCUAUAAUUGAUGCAUUGCCCUCAUACGGAAGAGGAAGUGAUGGUACAGAGAAAAGGUUUUCUAGUUUCAUUACUGGAACAAACCUAACUGACGUCGUUAUUACAGGAGGGAAUGGAACAAUAAAUGGUCAAGGCGGGACAUGGUGGAAAAAAUUCAAAAGUCGUAAGCUUACCAUCACAAGACCAUACUUGAUUGAGAUCAUGUAUUCAACCAAGGUGGUAAUAACCAAUCUUACCCUCAUCGAUUCUCCUACCUGGAACGUUCAUCCCGUCUACUGCAAAAACGUCGUUAUUGAAGAUCUUACUAUCUCUGCCCCCUAUGACUCACCAAACACUGAUGGGAUCAACCCAGAUUCAUGCUCGGAUAUUCGCAUACGCAACGCGUACAUCAUGUCUGGCGACGACUGCGUGGCGGUGAAGAGCGGGUGGGACGAGUACGGCAUAAAGAUGGGAAUCCCCACCGAACACCUAAGCAUCCACGGACUCACGUGCUUCUCCCCCACCUCGGCCGUCAUAGCCCUCGGAAGCGAAAUGUCGGGGGGCAUCAAGGACGUUCGAGCCCAGAAUAUCACAGCCUACGACUCAGAGUCGGGAGUGAGGAUCAAGACGGCGCGCGGUCGCGGGGGCUACGUCAAGAAUGUUUUCGUCCAGGGCAUGGAUUUGCACACCAUCAAUAGGUACGUUUUUUGGAUGGGGGGAAACUACAAGACGCACCCUGACGAUAACUACGACCCCAACGCGCUUCCCUCCAUAAAGAAUAUCAACUUUAUGGAUGUUUCUGCCGACGGCGUGAACAUCGUGGGGAAUCUUUCGGGGAUCAAGGGCGACCCGUUUACCGAGCUUUGCUUUUCUAACGUGACGGCUGAGCUGGCGGAGCAAAAGAGGGAGGAGUACGAGGUGGACGAGAAGAAGGACUGGGACAAUGAUAAGCAUACGCAUAAGGGUAAAAACAAGAAGGACAAGAAGGGAAAGAAUGGCGGGGCUUGGAAUUGUGAGGAUAUCAAUGGCGUGUCGAGCAAUGUGAAUCCGCCGGCGUGUGAUUUGCUGCCCGAGGAGCAAGACGGCUGCAGUUUUCCGAGUGAUACGUUGCAUAUUGAUACUGUUGAGCUCAAAACUUGUUCUGCUAAAUAUAAGUCUUAAUGUGUUGUGAGAAGUGUGAUUGAGAGUGUGGCUUUGGCUUUGGUAAACUUAUAUGUGUGAUGGUGGUAGAAAUGCUUAUGAUGAUAUGUAAUAGCUACUUGAGAUAAACACAACGUGAUAGAAAUGCUUCGGAUGAUAUGUAAUAGCUACUUUUUUUUUUUGGUACAAUGAACCUUCCGGUUUCCGAAUCCCCUAGGGGACCGACUAAUCCGGAAUCGAGCCGGGUAGGACCACAAGGGCGGCAAAGCUCUACCUCAAGAGUUUUAACACAGCUGCAUU